GGGAAAGGUAGUAAGAAUAGAGAGAGAGCUACCCGCGUGGGAUUGUGGUCGUAGCGUUUAAUACUUGCAUGGUUUGACAAGACAACACUGCGAUUCAAUCUUAGCUUCAUCGGGUAAAAGGGCCAUGUGGAAACUGCAUGUACAAGCCUGGAAGAUCGUAGAUGAGGACUUCGAUGAUAUUGAAGACCUGAAAAUGCUUAUCAUGGAGAUAAGGUCCUUGGAUCACAGUUCGUCAGGAUUCCUUGAACUACAUUUCAUGGAUAUUCGUCUUUUCAAGCGUGAAGGAUAUCCUGCUGACUCAUAUAUUAGAAAGCACCAACCAUAUAUUUGGUCCAUCAACAUCGGUCAUGUUGACAGCGAUGUAGGUGAGGUCUCGCCAAAAAGGAUCAUACAUUUCGCGGUCUCAGGAGAUGGGAACUAUGCUGCGACGCUCGCUGCUUCGGAAACAUAUCUCUUGCUAGAACUAUGGGACUUGCGACCUCCGAGAAAUCCAAUGACCAGGACUAGAGCCUUUGUCGCGGGCACACGCCAAGAGGCCCUCCAGGGUGAAUCCCCAGCGCCGUUCCGCCCUCGGCUCUCUACUGGCACACUGAUACCUUUUACAGAAGUUCACGACUGCAACCUCGAAUACUCCUACAAUGUUUCGAUGUCGUGGGAUUCCUCGCAGGUCGCAUUGACCGAUGCUUCGAAAGCGUAUCGGACUUCAGAGAGCGACAGUCAGAGCCUCUUUGCAGUCUAUAACCACAUCCCAAAUCCGCAGUCUUCAGCAACAACGUCGGGUUCGACUGCGGUACCGUUGACACAGUCGAAGGACUACCAGCGUUGGACGAGCCUCGACGGCUAUUACGGAUACGGCAAGUUUCACUUCACGGAUAUUGAAAAUCAGGAACCCUGUUACGAGCGCUUUGUAACAUGUGGGGGAAUAUCUGUCGAGGUGUAUGGAGUCUUACAGGAGUGGCGGCUUCUUCACACCAUAAACCUUGUCCAGCCGCUCGACGGUCCGGUUUUUGGUAUUUCCUCUGCCAUGAGAUUGAUCAGGACUCUCCGAGGCAAGCAUUUGGCAUGGAACAACAUACAGGACCACCCUGAGAUAAUCUCCGUGUGGGACUUGGAAACCGAACUCAUGACAUCCACACAUUGGAAGAAAGGAUACGACUCCCUAUUGAUCAAUAAUGAUACUAUCGCCUUCUCCAGUAAUGGUUCCGCCAUGGCCAUUGGUCUGCAAAAAGUGAUUACGAUAUACUGCGCCGAGACUGGGGCUAUUCGUGGAUCUUUCAGGCUGCCUGAAUUUUGCGAUCAUAUUAUCGAUAUCGCGUUCGUUCAUGGUGAUGCUCAGAUGCUAGUCAGUACAGACGGAAGAGGUGAUGAUACCAACCGACAUGGAAUCGGCCUUAUUGUGGACGCCUUCAAUUUGACGAUUACGAACCGAUUCUCUAUCAUGAACUCGUGGAGACCGCGACCAACAGGGAUAACAUUUAAUGACAAUCUCUUCUGUGCGUCGGAGUCGACAUUGGACCUUGUCCGUUUGCAAGACCGCAUUUUUCAGCCAUAUUCCCAGCCAGACUCGACUGCAUGCGAUGAACAAUGUAAGAGCAAAUUGGUCCCACUCAAUCAACAACAACCAACAAAGUUCAGGGCACCAUCCGGAAUGCAGUUCAAAGUCCGAAUGCAUCGCAAAGGGGGGCCACACGUCGUAAUAUCGGCGUUUAGCAGCAAUGGGCUUCCCUCUAAAAAUUUCACCCUUCCCAAGAGCAACAAUCGACGUGGCGAUGGAUGGGACUACAAGUGUGCCGCGAUACCUAAGGACCGGUCGCAUUUGGUAGUGAUAUCAGACACCUUUGUCACAAUAUGGGGGCUGCCUGCGACCCUACAUGACGAUUAUACAUUGCUUUUGGCAUGGAAAAUGCUGGAGAACGAUGAUUUCUGGACCUGGAAGUGCGAAUUCUGGUACACUUGUCCUCAUCGACAGAUAUAUGCCGGCAAACACGCUACCGCUAAGGAGGACGAUGACAACACGAGCAGAAAGAUCAAGGAACUCUUUUCCCCACGCGUUGAACGCGUCUUUUGCAGUAAGGAGCCUCAGCGGUUCCUCUUGGCGCUUCAUAGUCUGAUUGGCAUGUUUGUGGAUGGCGAUCAAAAUUGCAAAAAUGCGAUUCUUCAGUACGUUGGCUCGCAAAUCAACAAUUACCCGAAUCCGGCCGACCAAAGGCAGAGUGUUCUUGCUAACAUCUGUCAAGCGUGGAAUCUCAUGGUUCACGACGACUAUAAGCAGUUUUUAAAGGCACUUCUACAGUCGUCUUUUGGGCAUUGGAUUCCCCUAACAAAGUACAAUCGGGAGUCGGAUCCACUCCUUAUCUUAAUCGACCAUGCUCAGACACAGCCACGGGCUAUAGAGAUGGCCGAGAUCCUCGUCAGAUACUGUAUCCAUCAAGCAAGAGUUGAGAAGGAUCAGCACUUCCUUCUACCAAUCAUGAAGUGUCUGCGCGAGCUGCUUCACCCAAAGCAAAUCCACUCCGAGUUUGGACUGAGAAUACUGCGGAGGUUGGCCUUCAUCCCGGUUAAGAAUCGCUCGUUCAUCAUUGACCACCACUCCAUUAUCGUCCACCCAACAAAGUUCCCAUGGCAAUUUUGGAAGUCGUCGACGCAAAGUCUGCACGAGUUCUCUGACGCAAUACUGCAGCCGAUGCACUAUCCGCAGGCACAGGCACAUGAUCCAAGUAACAACAACUUCACACGCGACCUAUUUGUGGCGCCGUUUUGGACGCUUUUGAAGUCUAACAGCGACGACGACGGCGCCGACGACAAAGCAUUCGUUGAUCCAGCUCCUUCUCCCUUAUUGGGAGUAAAGGAUCUUUUCCAUUUUAUAACUAUAUCUUUAUAUUCUGCGCUGUGGAUGACCUACGUGAUCUUCCACAUGACCAAUUACAACCACGCGACGGUAGUGGAGUGCCACGAAUUCACUCUGGAGGCACUUGAUAAUCCGGCCGUCGCAGCACUGAUCGAAUACAAGUGGAACACCAUUGGCUUCAAGUACUGGCUCAUAAGAUUCCUCGGGCAGUGUUGUUUCUACUUGCUAGUGCUCGUUGCCGUAUUCUUUCAAAUUUACGGCGAUCACAACAGACCCCUUACGAGCCUCUAUGUUGCGAUCACAUGUGGCUCUAUUAUUCUCCUCUGGUUCAAGCUCCUACAAGUCCAGGAGAAAAAGCAAUAUAUAUCCAGGGGGCAUCAACCAGUUCGUUCUCAACUCCAGCAGCUUUUCGGAAGGGGAGCGCCACAACUAUUUUUUCAGCUUCUCCGUGCCGUGUAUCUUCUUACACUUUCUGUUCGAACUUCGGGUUAGCCGUAGUGUGGGCCUAUUUGUGAUGAUCAUCGUCCAAGCCAUAAGCGCAAUCCGCGUGUUCUUUGUCGUGUUUGCAGCAGGUAUUUUGGCUUUCACGAUCGCGAUCAUGCAUUUGCUCCGAGGUUGCGCUUCUAGCAGCUGCCAAACGCCAGCCACCAGUUUCCCGGACCAGUUCUAUGAGGCUAUAUCAGCGACCUAUUUUUUCAUGAGCGGUCGAUAUGACUCAGUCAG